UAUUAUUUGCGACAUCAAGGCCGCGGGCCCACAAGGGUGAACGAACGCCGCCGUGUCCCGGCCGGAGUGUGGGCGGGACCCUUGGAUUCCGGCGGGUUCCGCCAUGCACGAGCAGCUUCCGUACGGAACUUGAACACCAUUGGUUACUUGCAUUAAUUCGCCUCCUUUCUCUGUCUCUCUCUCUCUAAGUAUUUUCCUCAUCAAACACACGAUACUCAUCGACAAUUAAUUUCUUUAAAUUGGCUAACGAGUUUCCGCAGACCUCUCACCUGAACAGUUAGUUCCAUUGAUUUUCCAAGCUUCGUAUCGAUUUUCGUUUUCUGCCGGAGCUUUUCGGGAGGCAUGGAAGGCGACGGCGCGACGGAGACUCUUCUGGGGAAGAGGGGUAGUGGUUCAGGGGGGAUUAGAGAGCUGAGUUUCGUGAAGGAAUUUGGCCAGGAAUCGAAGUCGCUAUGGGCGCUCUCCGGGCCGGCGAUAUUUACCUACAUCUUUCAGUACUCGCUUGGUGCCUUGACGCAGACAUUCGCCGGACAGAUCGGGGCGUUGGAGCUGGCGGCUGUAUCGGUGGAGAAUUCCGUCAUCGCCGGACUUGCGUUUGGGGUUAUGCUCGGAAUGGGGAGUGCGUUGGAGACGCUGUGCGGGCAAGCCUUCGGCGCCGGACAGAUCAGAAUGUUGGGAGUGUAUAUGCAGAGGUCAUGGAUCAUAUUGCUGGUCACAGCCUGUGUGUUGCUGCCGAUUUACAUCUUCGCUCCUCCAAUUCUCUCCUUCUUCGGCGAAUCUGACGAUAUUUCUCGCGCUGCAGGAAAAUUUGCUCUGUGGAUGAUCCCGCAGCUGUUUGCAUACGCUGUGAAUUUUCCAAUCCAGAAGUUCCUGCAGUCUCAGCGGAAGCUCAUGGCCAUGGCUUGGAUAUCCCUGGCAGUGCUGAUUCUGCACAUUAUCAUCAGCUGGUUGCUGAUGUUCACCCUGGGAUGGGGCCUUGUUGGAGCAGCUGUUAGUCUAAACACCUCAUGGUGGCUCAUUGUCACUCUCCAAUUGGUUUACAUCUUCUACACGAAAUCAGAUGGUGCUUGGAGUGGAUUUUCAUGGCUGGCAUUUCGAGAUUUGUAUGGUUUUGUCAAGCUUUCAUUGGCCUCUGCUGUAAUGUUAUGCUUGGAGUUUUGGUACUUGAUGACAUUAGUGGUCAUAGCAGGUCGCCUGGAUAACCCUGUUAUUCCAGUUGAUGCCAUGUCGAUAUGCAUGAACAUCCAAGGAUGGAGUGCAAUGAUUUCGAUCGGAUUUAAUGCCGCCAUUAGCGUGAGAGUGUCGAAUGAACUCGGCGCCGGGAAUGCAAGAGCCGCGAAAUUCUCAGUGGUUGUGGUCUCCAUCACAACCAUAACAAUUGGGAUCAUUCUCAUGGCAGUAGUUCUAGCCACAAGAGAGGACUUCCCAUGGCUGUUCACCAACAACGCAGCCGUGGCCAAAGAGACCACUAGAAUGGCGAUCCUACUCGCGCUCACUUGUCUAUUAAACGGCCUCCAGCCGGUUUUAUCAGGUGUCGCCGUUGGAGCCGGAUGGCAAUCCAUCGUAGCCUACAUAAACAUCGGGUGCUAUUACAUUGUCGGAAUCCCACUCGGCAUUCUCUUAGGAUUCACAUUUAACUUCGGAGCAAUGGGAAUCUGGGGUGGGAUGAUGGGAGGGAUAUGUCUACAGACGCUUAUACUAAUACUCAUUACUUCAACUCGAAACUGGGACAAAGAAGCCAGUGAAGCUGAAAGCAGAGUGAUGAAAUGGGGAGGAGCCACUGCAAAUGACGGCUAGCUAAUAAAAAAGUUUUGGGGCAUUAUUUGGUAAGAAAAUAUGUUUGAUUUUGAGUCAAGAAUAUGCAUAAUUUGGAUCGUGAUUUGUGACUAGAGGAGUUCUUUCAAUCAUGACUUAUCUUGUUUUAUAUUUGUCAGCAAUAUUUAUAUAUGAUUUUGUGGAUGAAAGUGUGGGAUCUUGUCUCGAGGGGGGCAGACACUGGUUGGGUGGGUAGGUGGCUGGGUAGGUGGGUUUAGUGUGUAAUAGAUUGGCAGGGCUCAAGAGCUCUGUGUGAGUGGUCAGUUAUUGUCAUCGUCAGCUUGCCAUUCAAUUUCGGUACUUUAUCUUAUCUUAAUGCUUUGUUUACCCAAUGAAUUUUAAAGUUUUGGCAUUGUUUU